UCUCCGAAUCUGAAAAUCCACUAAAUCGCGUAAUAGCCCGACGGUGGUGGUUCUUGAUACGCGUGGCGCAUUCUCUUUGAGACUUGGAAGCAUUGUGUUUUCGAUAUUUUUGACUUCUAUCUUGCAUCGUGGAAUGAACCGAGAAUAAAAAAUUAAUAAAACAACAUACUCAGAUUUUCGAAAUUGGUUUUAAUCAAGCAGCAGAAAAAAAUUGAAGGAAGAGUUCUUUUAACGAGUUUUACGCGAAAUUCAGCAAAUAUUUUACACGAGAUAAAUCUGUUUUCGAAAAUAAGUAAACAAAACAAGCUGUUUAACUAUUAUCUGUGAUGAUAUCGUAUUAUCGAGAAUUAUUAUAAUUAUAAUUGUUGCAAUUAAGGUUUAAUUAAAGUGCAGGGUUGUGUGUAUCUUGUAAGAGUAAUAAUUAACGAAAGUUCAAGUUUAUCCAAUCCAGCUCAUCAUCAAUCAGUCAAAUUAUUUGGGAAGGAAAAAGUGAUCUAAUUUUAAUAAUUCUGGUAAAAAUUGGAGACUAAAUAUCUCGUGACCUGAUCUUGUCGUAUCUCGCUCGAUUAGUCAAAUAUCGCCAAAUCCUAGACCCGUCGUCGCCAAAUCCUUUGAAGGAAGAUAAAACUUACAGCAAUAUGUCCGUAAUUGAUGAUCUGUUUAUAAACCGUUUCAGUCUGCGGAAAAGUACGGCGGAAGAAGAUGUCGAUGACGAUGAAGAUUUGCCCCCACUUGAAGUUGGCCCCUCAGAACACAAGCUUCAAUACACUUAUGGACUUUGGUACAUUGGAAAAACGAAUUACCAACAGUAUGACUUUUCCCUCAAGAAAAUUGGCAGAUUUGCAUCGGUGGAACAAUUCUGGGCGUUGUAUUCACAUCUCGUCCGACCCUCGGAUUUAAAUUCACCUUCAGAUUUUUUCGUAUUCAAGGACGGAAUCAAACCCAUGUGGGAACACAAGGGAAAUCGUGACGGUGGUCAGUGGCUCGUCCGUCUUAACAAAGGUCUGGCUGCACGCUGCUGGGAGAAUUUGAUCCUUGCCAUUCUUGGGGAGCAGUUUGACCUGGGGGACGAAAUUUGCGGAGCGGGGGUCUCCAUGCGACAGAAGAAGGACUGUAUCUCCCUCUGGAAUAAGAACUGUGCGGAUCACGAAAUUACCGACAGGAUUCGAGACUCACUCCGCAAGGUUUUGAACCUUCCGGCCCACAUUCAAAUGGAAUAUCGAUAUCACAAAGACUUUCUCAACUGGGUGAAUCAACGUGACAGCAGUGGGCGAGAAGGUGCCAGCGGCGGCGGGGGCGGUGGUGGUCUUCCCACCGGGGGAGGAGGAGGAGGUGGGGACAGUUCGAUCUUGCCUCGCACUCCAACCACACCCGGAUCUAGUGGUGGUGGCGGCUUCUCAUCCAAUAAACCGAGAUCCGGCAGUCCACCGCAUUUCGAACGCGGCGAAAAUAUUCCUGCUCCUUCAGCAUCGUCGUCCACGGCUUUGUCGAGGGAGGGACUCGGCCGCGGUGCUCCUCAAAUUAAUUUAUCUUCGAAUCGAUGAUAUCACCAUAAGUAUGGCUCAACAACUAGGAAAAAAUGGAGAUAACGAGAACACUUGGACCAACUAGAUGAGGAGGGUGACGGGGCGGACAGGAAAAAUUAACUCAAAUUAUUCAAAUUCAAAUAAAUUUCGUAAAACUCGGAAUAUUUUAGGCUAAAUUUUCUCUCAGAAUGUUAAUAAAGAUUUUUAAGUAAUUGAUAUCCAUAAUGUCGUAAUUUUUUAAAUGUUCUCGUUGUCGUUAUUAAUAAAUGUAUACAAUUAAUUAUAAUGCUUAAUCUGAUCGAAGUUUCUUAAAAAAAGUGCUAUCUAGAGAUUAAUAAGAGUAUACCAAUUUGUAGAUAUUUAAGAAAUUACGAUUCUGAAGAUAAGCUAAAUGUAAAAAAUAUGAAUUUGGUACAUAUAAGAAGUUUUUGUAAUGUGCAAUUUUCUUUUCGAAAUAUAAUUAUUCGUGUGUAAUUUGUCCAGUGGUAUAAAAUCUUUAAAAAUUAAACAAAUCCUGCCAGAAACCUGAACCAAUCUUCUAAAAUUUCCGUUAUCUUGUUUGUUGACGAUUUAUUCAUACCCUGCUGCAGACAUUCUCGAGUACAAGAGUUUAAUUAUAGUUAAAUAAAUAAAUAAAUGUGUAAAUGUCAUGCAAUCAA